CUUGGCUCCGCGACGCCGCCUGGGCCCAGAAGAGCCGGAACAUGGCCUCGGCGAAGCCCGGUGAAGCGCCGCGUACUGGAAGAACCCCGGCGCAGGGCGGGCCGGCUGGACGCCUCGGAUUCAAGAAGAAGCGGCAGCAACAGCAGCGGGCAUGGAGGGCACGGAAUGUUUUCUCCGGAAGCAUCCGCGAAGGACAAGGGUUUGCAUUUCAGAGAAAGCAAAAAAUUCAGCAAGAGUACAAGAAAUUGCUGAAGAAAGAAAAAAAGGCACAAAUUUCUCAAGAGUCUCAGUUUACAGAAAGAUAUCCAGAGCAUUUAAAACAUCUGUAUUUAGCUGAAGAAGAAAUGCUCAUGAGACGACAUAAAAAGGAAGAACAACAUUUGCCAGAAGAAGAAUGUAGCACAACAGUGAACCCUAUUGCCACUCCAAAAAGAAAUAAGAAAAAAACAUCAAACCAAAAGGCAAAAGAAGAAUAUGAACGGGUACAAGCUAAGCGUGCUGCUAAGAAACAGGAGUUUGAGAAAAGAAAACAAGAAAGAGAAGAAGCACAGCAACGCUACAAAAAAAAGAAAAUGGAAGCAUAUAAAAUACUGAGCAAAAAGACUAAGAAAGGCCAACCAAAUCUGAACUUACAAAUGGAGUAUCUUCUAAAGAAAAUACAAGAGAGAACAUAAAACAUAUAUUUUGUCUUUUGAUGCAUAUUAAAAUAUAUUUUUAUAUUGUUUCUGGAUUCUUUUGAAUCUACUUAUUUGCUAUUUGCAAUUUUGUGCUCAUUGUACAACAGACCAAAUCAGGCACAUUGGAGAUGUGCUUUAUUUUGCAGAGAACAUUUAAAAAGUACUAUAAAUAAAGGUUUUUUUUUUUU